AUGGCAAAUCACUGCAGCUCGAUUAGAGACAUCUAUGAACGUAACAAAUCCUGGGGUUCUGAACUGUCCAAAACGGAACUGAAACUCAUCUUUAUUUUUCACCGCAUUUGGUACUCCUGGAGUGCGUCUAUUGUUGGAAUCUCUAUACAUGAAAAGCAAAUAAAGGCUGAUAGGCAGCACUUGAUCAAGACUCUUACUUUAUGUGGUAGAAUUGUAUGGAAAAUCAUGGAAGUAACUUCACCUAAAUCUCCAAACAAGAGUGGCAAGGAUAAUGCUAUUGAGCGUUUUCUUCAUUUGGGAGUUGUGAGCAGCACAAUUGACAGCCUACAGAAUAAGUAUGUGAAUAUGAAGCAGACACACCCACUGAUGGGAUCAGUUUGUGGCUUUUAUGAAAAGGGAGUCCAGUCUGCCGGAUCAUUAGCAGUAAGAAGCAUUCAACCAGUGGUGAAGACGUUUGAGCACCAAAUCAGUGCUGCGAAUGAGAUUGCCUGUAAGGGCAUGGAUCGCCUGGAGCUCAAGAUUCCUGCACUACACUUCCCUCCAGACAAGAUUGCCUUUGAAUUGAAAGAAUCUGUCUCUGCAACAAUCCAACAAGCCAGAAGUGGCAUUGGCAGCCCUAUCACAAACACUUCAGACAAAGUCCUUGGCGUGGCGUCAGCUGGCUUUGACCUUACUGUGUAUGCAAUGAAUGGCGCCAAAGAUUAUGCUUUCAGUACAAGACUCAGCCAAAUGGCGACAGACGCAGUAGAUGUGGUACUAUAUAAUAUGGAAAAGAUUGUUGAUUAUAUGUUGCCCCAGCAAGUGGAAUCUGAGAAACCCGACAGUGUGGCAGAUCAGUCUUAUGAAACACUGUCCUGGCCUCAGAGCAGUGCAUUACCAAGAAUUGGAGCUCUGGCAAGCAGAGUAUUUCAACACACCAGUCAGUGGACUUCAAAGACUAUUGAAGAUGCCAGAAACAAAGGACAAAAUUGGCUGCCUGGCAGAGUUCCUCUGCCCAAGGAACCACAAAGCCUUCUUGUAACGGUGACACAGAAUCUUCAAGGUGUUUAUCUUUCUGCUGUAAGCAGUGUUAAGAAAACUCCUGCUGCAGUAUGGGAAACUGCGGGAGGUCUUCUCCGCCACAUACCACUGCAGGGGCUCUCACUUGCCAAGGACGCACUUGCUACAAUAGGAGGAACACUGUUACAUUUCAAGAAUAGUAUGCUUCCUAAUCAAAGUGUAAAAGAGAAGACAAGAAAAAGAAAAACGGCAAACAAGGAACAAGAUACUCCCUGUGAAAGUGUAAAGGAAAAGUCAGUGUACUUCACAGCAGAUAAAACUCUUCAACAGAUAAGUCCUGAGAGUAUGGAUCCAGCUGUUGCAGCAGAUCAAUUAUCAUCAGAUACUCCACUUUGUAAGGAAGGAACGAAUGUGAAAGCUUCCUCCAGUUCUGCACAUGACAACCUCUGCUCAACACCUUCUAAAACUUACUGACUGUGGGUGCAUAUCAUUUCUUUGAAAACAAGGGAAUUCUGGGAAAUAAGCAAGUAUCUUGUUCUGUCAAAACCCAUUCAAUUUAUGCAACAUUUUAGGAAACUUUCUCAGCAUAACGUGUCUAUAAUAUGCUGUAUAGCCCUUCAGAUUCUAGGUUACUCAUGGAAUAUCUGUUUCCUUUGUGAGCUGUGGAAACUUCCACAUAAAUAUAACUCAGAAGAGAGUUCUGAUAAACUGGUAUAUUAAAUUGAAUAUAUGAUCACAAGCAAGUACAAUGUUUAACAUAACAUUAAUAUGUGGAAGGAGGUGUAUGCUGCCUAUAGAACACAAUCAGUGAAUUAAAGAAAAAGUGUAGUAAAGAGCAUCAAAAGCCCAGAUCAAGUUUUACAUAAUUUGUUUAAGUGACAAAAAGGACAUUUCAGUUCUUCUCAAAUAAGGAUACCCCCAGCAUACUGACAUUGAUGUUAUGUAUCUACCAAACUUGACAUAACUUGACACUUACCAAUAUUGAACCUCAUUUUCCAGAUUGCUGCCCAGUUUUCCAAUUCAGUCAAAUUACUCUGCAAGUGGCAGCAUCUCG